CGCAUGCGUGAGGGCAGGCCCUUACGGCGGGCUGCUGUGCGCUUUAGCGGUUCUUGGCGUCGCGUUGGUGUAGCCCUAGUGCGCCUGCGCGGGUUUUAUGCUCUGGUGUAUGUGUGUCCGCUGAUUUUGGGCAACGAGCCGCUGCCCCUGGGCCGCAAGGCCGGCUGGAAACGAUUCCGCCGUCAGGUCCCAAAUAUGAGCCGCGAGAAAUGCAGCCCCGGGGAAGACGCUGAGGAGGGAAGGGGGUCUGAGGCCUCCGGGCUCAAGGCCAGUGCGGGGUACGGGGGACCCUCUGGGGCCUGGGUGUGUGACUGCCGUAAGGAAAGGUGCUUGUAGCUCGGUAAGACUUAACGAUGGGCAUCGGUGCGUUUCCCGGCAACGGUAGGAAUCGCCGUGCUCAGGAGGACUCGGGAGCAAGCCCGGGGACAGGAGGGAACUGGCAAGUCACACAUCUUAUUCUUGACUCCCUCCUUUGGAAACCUGUUUGUUUAAUGCACGGGACUGAACCAGCUGGUGGUGGCCCUAUGGCUGGAGACACCCCCUGCCCCGCAGAGCCCCUGGCCAGAGAAGGCACUUUAUGGGAGGCCCUCAGGGCGCUCCUGCCGCACAGUAAAGAAGACCUGAAGUUGGACCUCGGGGAGAAAGUGGAGAGGAGCGUGGUGACAUUGUUGCAGCGAGCCACUGAGCUCUUCUACGAGGGCAGGAGGGACGAGUGUCUGCAGACCAGCGAGGUGAUCCUGGACUACUCCUGGGAGAAGCUCAACACGGGCACGUGGCAGGACAUAGACAAAGACUGGCGCCGGGUCUACGCCAUCGGCUGCCUCCUGAAAGCCCUGUGUCUGUGCCAGGCACCUGAGGAUGCCAACACUGUGGCCGCAGCCCUGCGGGUCUGUGACAUGGGCCUGCUGAUGGGGGCAGCCAUCCUGGGGGACAUCCUCCUUAAAGUCGCUGCCAUCCUCCAGACACACCUCCCUGGAAAGAGGCCUGCCCAUGGCUCCAUCCCGGAGCAACCCUGCACAAAGAAAGCAAGGGCGGACCAUGGUUUGAUUCCAGAUGUGAAGUUAGAAAGAACAGUCCCCCGGCUGCACCGUCCGUCCCUCCAGCAUUUCAGGGAGCAGUUUUUGGUUCCAGGGAGGCCCGUGAUCCUGAAAGGCGUGGCUGACCACUGGCCGUGCAUGCAGAAGUGGAGUUUGGAGUAUAUCCAAGAGAUCGCUGGCUGCCGAACUGUCCCAGUGGAAGUUGGUUCGAGGUACACAGAUGAGGAAUGGUCCCAGACCCUCAUGACGGUCAACGAGUUCAUCAGCAAAUACAUCGUGAAUGAGCCAAGGGACGUCGGGUACCUUGCUCAGCACCAGCUCUUUGACCAGAUCCCGGAGUUGAAGCAGGACAUCAGCAUCCCCGACUACUGCAGCCUGGGCGAUGGGGAGGAGGAGGAAAUCACCAUCAAUGCCUGGUUUGGUCCCCAGGGAACCGUCUCCCCACUACAUCAGGAUCCCCAGCAAAACUUCCUAGUGCAGGUGAUGGGGAGGAAGUACAUCCGGCUGUAUUCCCCACAGGAGUCAGGGGCUCUGUACCCUCAUGACACGCACCUUCUCCAUAACACGAGCCAGGUUGACGUGGAGAAUCCCGACCUGGAAAAGUUCCCCAAGUUUGCCAAGGCCCCAUUCCUGUCCUGCAUCCUGUCUCCUGGAGAGAUCCUGUUCAUCCCGGUGAAAUACUGGCAUUACGUGCGGGCUCUGGAUUUGAGCUUCUCGGUCAGCUUCUGGUGGUCGUAGCCAGGAUAGGAGCUGAAAGGGCCUGACAGGCAGACAGCAUUCAUCUGUUCACUAAUUUCCUGGGUCCUGGAAUCUGUAGAGACAAGCAGGACUGAACCUGUGUCCUGAAGAGCCUUCACUGCCCAGUGGCAGCCCUGGGGGGCUGAGCUCCAGCACUGGACAGGCACAGAGCGGGGGCUGCCCAGGAAGGAGCACACUCCAGGCCGGGGGUGCAUGGCAGAGGAAGGUGGGGAGAGCCCAGAAGGACAUUGCAGACAGACAGCCUGCAUGGGGACUCUGGCAUCAGAAAGCCUAAUGUUUUUGGGAAAUGGGUGGGUCACAUGGGCAGGGGUGAAACAUGGGCUCUGAGGUUGACUACUUGAUUCAAACCCGGCCGCACUGCGUACCUGCUGUGUGACUUGGCCAGGAUCCCUCACUUCGCUAUGCCCAUAUGGAAAAGAGGGCAAGGCCAGUCCUCACUGCCGAGGGCCGAGAAGGCGGUGCUGAGCCCCUGCUGCCGCAUGAACCUUAGCCGCUGUCACUGAUCCCAAUUACUCUGAUCCUUUUGCCCUUCCUUCCCAUAACGGCCUACUGGACGCCACAGCCUGAAUACUGGAGAGAGCUGGGCAUUGCCCAGGUCACAGGAGAGAGUCUGUAGAGACCUGCGCAGGAGCCCAGACCCCUGCUGGGCAGUGGGAGCUUUCUGUCAUCCCCAUGGCUCAAGGAUAACCUACCUGCCUGCAGAGAAGUGCGAAGGUCUUGCUGGAUGACUUUUCACCCACACUCACGCAGGAGCAGGCUCCCAAGUGAAGAAACCACCGAACCAUCACCAGCUCCUAGGAGCCUCCCUCCCACCACCUUCUAGUCACCAUCCCCCAGAAGUAAUGACUCUCAAACCUGGGGGAUUUGAGGCCAGGGGGAGAGCCAGGCUCUAUGCUUUCUGUAGUUGUGUCUCGUUUGUGUGCACGCAGGUUUGUUCUAUGUUUUGGCCAUUAAGAUUUUCCCCAGCCCUCUGUUUUUUGUUUUUUAAACUAAAUAGAGAUGGGAUCUUGCUAUGUU